AUGGAUGACAGCUGGAGAAGCAGAGAAAAUGAAGCAGGGUCCAGCUGGGGUCGCCAUGGAGCCCCGUCUCUCUUUCUCCAGCUACCAAGCAACCAGACGCUACGUUUCCGUGGCAACAAGGCAACGGCCUGGGAAGCGGCUUUGGAGGGGGCAUCGGAGCCCGCAGUUGACCCCCAGGAACUGGUCCCGGAAUUUGUGUUGGGGGAGGAAGAGGAAGACAGCAGGCCUCUGAAAGAGCUGCCCCUCUGCCUUGAGUCGAAACGAAAACUCAGAGUUCUGCAGGAGCAAGCAACGAGCAGGCUCAGCGGUUGGGAGCUUUGGCGUGUGGGCAAGCGACGGACGCUGCGCCGUCUCAGGAGCCAGGCAGGCGCGGUCCUCUCCUACGCUGAGGUGUGGCGGGGCACGCUGCGCCACAUUGAAGGCCACUUUGGAACAGGGAUCCAGUCCUACUUUAACUUCCUGCGUUUCUUGGUCCUGAUGAAUUUCGUCGCCUCCCUCCUGGUGGUGGGAUUUGUGGUGGCGCCGAAUGCGGCGUUUGAGGCCUUGCAGCUCAAUCGGACACGUCAACGGAACGACAGUUUGGUGAAUGCAUCAUGUCUGCAUUACAACCCCACACCACAAGGCUUGGUCAGCUACUUUUCCUACGUCAUGGAUCUUCUGUCAGGCAAGGGGUUCAUAGAGCUCACCUACCUGUUCUACGGCUACUACCAACAUUCGGCCGUCGAUUUCGUGGGCUUCUCGUACAACGUCCCCCUUGCGUAUCUGCUCACGGCACUCUUUUACCUCCUCUUCUGUCUGGUGUGGAUCGUACAGAGGUCCAUCUAUCUUCUCAAACGCAGCUUGGUUAGUGAAGACGCUUCCCUUGGGUCCUACAGCAACAAAGUCUUUGCCGGCUGGGAUUUUGGCUUGGUGCAAGGCAGGAUGGUGGAGUUAAAACACAAGAGCAUCCGCUAUGAGCUGCGGAUGGAUCUAGAGGAGGAAGCACUCCGCAAGUGCCAGGCAGAGCGGACCACAGCACAAACUGUCAGUCUCUAUGUCCUUCGGGUCCUGAUCAACAUCCUGGUUUUGGGGCUGCUGGGAGGAUCAUUUUACUGCAUCUUCCGGGCAACGAGCUAUUCCCAGUGGCUGCUGGAAAAGACUGACUCCCCAAUCAAAGGCCAAUACUUCCUGGAGUUACUAGCAGCUUAUCUCCCAUCCGCCGUCAUCACAGCUGCCAACCUCCUUCUCCCGUUGAUCUUUGAGGUCAUCGUUCAACUAGAGAAAUACCCGCUCAGCUUUCAAAUCAAAAUCACGCUUCUCAGGAGCGUCUUCCUCCGUCUCGCAAGCCUGGGGGUUGUGCUCAUCUCGCUCUGGGCCCAGAUCACCUGUACUGGGGACCCACACAUGUCAGAGUGUCGGAACUGUGGCUACAAUAACCGCCUUCACCCGUGCUGGGAGACCUCAGUGGGACAGGAAAUGUACAAGCUGAUGAUUUUCGACUUGGUUGUUAUACUCCUCAUCAUAUUGUUUGUGGAGUUUCCAAGAAAGAUGCUGGUGACUUACUUGCCCUCCUGCUCUUUGCUACAAUGGUGGGGGCAGCAGGAGUUCAUGGUGCCGUCCAACGUCUUGGAUCUGGUGUACGGGCAGACCCUGUGCUGGACGGGGGCUCUUUUUUGCCCCCUGCUUCCUGUGCUCAACACCAUCAAGUUCAUUGUUGUCUUCUACUUGAAAAAGCUGACCCUCUAUGCCAACUGCCGUCCGGCUGAAAGGACGUUCCGUGCCUCCAGCUCCAACUUCUUCUUUCUCUUGGUUUUGCUCUUCGGUCUGGGUAUUUCUUUUAUCCCUGCACUAUACAGCAUGCUUGUCUUGCCCCCUUCAAAGGCCUGUGGCCCAUUCCGGGGUGAUCCCACCAUGUGGAACACCGUCGACGAUGCUGUGUUGCAGCUACCCUACAGAACCCGGGACUUCUUGAAGUUUGUAGGCUCCGUGGCGUUUGCUGUGCCCUUGUUCCUGCUCCUGAGUAUCCUCAUGUUCUACCUCAAGGCUCUGGCUGACUCGUACAGCUCCAUGGUCAAAGGCCUCAAAGGGCAGCUCCGUCUGGAGGGUCAAGAUAAACUUUUCCUGGUGAAGCAAAUUUCUGAAUUGAGCCAGUGAGCCCCGUGUCG